CCUUUAAUGCUCUCCCCUCCACCCUCCUCCGAGGGGAGGAGCCGUUGAGCCGGUCCCACCACUCUCCGCCGUCGAUCUAGCCACUUUCCCCAACGCCCAACCCUUCCCAACCAUGUCGAUAUUGAACCCAUUUCAGCUUCUAGAGCUGAAUCUAAUCUCCGCUCAGGAUUUGGCACCGGUAUCUCGUUCGAUGAGAACCUACGCCAUCGCCUCGGUUCACCCUGACCGGAAACUCUCUACCCGCGUCGACACUCACGGCCACAACAACCCAACGUGGAACGACAAGUUCGUGUUCCGCGUUGACGACGAGUUCUUACAUUCCGACACAUCGGCGGUGAUGAUUGAAAUCUACGCCUUGCAUUGGUUUAAAGACAUUCAUGUUGGGACUGUUCGGAUUCUUGUUGGGAAUCUCAUCCCUACUCCGCCGCGAUUACACCAGUUUAGUCAGCAGCCGCAAGUCGGGAUGCGGUUUGUUGCUUUACAGGUCCGGCGGCCGUCAGGGAGGCCGCAGGGGAUUUUGAAUAUUGGGGUUGCUCUGCUUCAUAGCUCGAUGAGGAGUAUGCCGUUGUACUCGCACUUGAGUACCUCGGCGAUUGGGUACCGGAAUCUAAUGGGGGAGGAGGACCCAUUUAGCAAUCACCAUGGGACUCCCACGGUUGUCAAGUGGCCGGAGUUCCGGCGGUCGAAGAGCGAUAUUAGUUCCAUGGUGGGGUCGGCGGUUCGAAGCUCGGAAAUGCUGGGAAAGGGAGCAAAAUCCAGAGCAAGCUCUAUGGUGAAUGGGUCGGAGAUUACGCGGAAGAACAAGAAAAAGGGGAGAUCCAAAUCAAGCUCGAUGAUCAGUGGGUCCAUUACGAUCAGAAGAAGAGAGAAACCCAGGAAGGCUAAUUCGAUGAUCAGUGGGUCAAGCUCUGCAAUGGUAACCAAGAGGGAAAAAAUCAAACAAUCCAGCAUUUUAAGCGGCUCUGAAGUUUACCCGGAGCCACCGCCGGAAAAACCAGUCCAGAAAAUGAAUCCCGGCGACUCUCCGGCAUGGAAAAAGCCAUCCCAAGAGAAAACCAUUUCGAAACAGGGUCAAGAAACGCCGAAUUCGAGGUUCGAUAAAAUGCCUUACGCGACGCCGCUCAGGACUCCACAGAGGCUGACCGGCGGUGGCGGCGGUGGUACUGCCAGAGCAACACCAAUGCACGAGAAAUAUGCGACGCCGAGAAGAUCAACGCCGAUGAACGGGAAAUCAUCUUACCAUAGACACAACGAAUUUACCUAUACAACGCCGAGGAAAUCGUUUUUAGGCGGCGCGUUUUUGACGGAAUCGACGCUUGGUCCGUCACCGUCGGAGGUAGCUGCACAAAUGGCGACGCAGAAAACCGACGACAGCAACGAAAGCUCGAUUGUUGGUGGGAUGAGCCUAAACGAUAGCGUUGAGGGUCUACAGUCGAAGCUGGAGCGGUGGCGGACAGAUCUUCCACCGGUGUACGACCGCGGCGAGAUUACAAGCUUUCCGCCGAGCGAAGACCAUCCCGAACGCCGUCAUAGCGACGGCGGCAGUUUAUUUUCUUGUUUCAGCAACAUUUGCGGCUGCGAAUGCUCCAUAGUCUGCGGCGGAUCGCCAAAGACAUCGAAGAAACCCGCCAACGGCCGUGUUACCCGUAGCCCGUCGGCAGGCCAUUUGAGCAUCACGUAAAAAAAAUGGUUAGAAGACGAACUGGCCAAGGUCGGGUUGAACCCAACCGGCCCGCACCGAAUUAAAAUCAAACCGUAACGUAACAAAACGCAUCGUUUAAUUUUUGAAAAAGACAAGUUUGACCCUACAGGAUAAGGAGGAAAGACAAUUUA